AUGUUAUGUGACAUCAACUCACCUGGACCUGGAUUUGAAUAUUUCCUGAGCACUCCCUGUCAAGAUUGGGACGCGGUUCAGUACCAUGAAUCAUGGAAAGAGAGCAGUUUAGGUUUGGAUAAAGCGAUUUUAUCGAGAAGUUUUAACAAACAAAUGCAGAAGAUAAAGGAACAUGGUACGGAAGAGGAAAAGAAGAAUGCGAUACGUCUCGAAAAUCAAUUCAGGUUCGGUGGUACUGGUAAUAUCAUUCAAGGAUACAAACGAGAUUAUAAAAAUCAUGAACAACCCAUCAUUAAAGAAGAAACAUCAGCAAUACCAACGAAAAAGACGAAAUUGGAUGAAAAGUUUAACGCAACGAAGUCCUCCUCUGAACUUCUUCCCUCUAUAAACGUAAAACAAACAUCUACCAUUUCUGAACCUGAUGAUGUAGGCAUUGAAGAGUUCAAGGACGACGAAGAAAUUAAAAUUGAUCUAACAAGCAUUUCUAUGGAAUUGCAACGAGAACCGAGAGUUAAAUGGAAAGUUGGUUGUAUUAAUGUAACCGAUAGAUUUCGGCAGUAUCAGAAAGAGGUGAUUCAGAAAGCGGAGAAAGAUGGUUUAAAAUAUGAAAAUAUUUACGAAGUUUUAGCCUUAUCGUCAAUCAUGGUGCUUUGUUGGCCGUGUCCAUACCCCAUGUUUACAAACCGAGAGUGGAAAGAAAUAACAAACACCAAUCCUUAUGUUAUAAAGGAACCACCACUUCCGUCUGAGAUUUCAUCUUCUCUUUACAAUGCAACUCGUCUAAGUGUGUUCCGAAAGUUGCUCCAUCGAAAUUAUCUGAAGAAGAACAUUGUUAUAUGUUCCUUUAUCCAAUCAGUCGACCGUUAUUUACUGGUAAACGAUGUAUCAAUUUUAAACUCGGAGAUCAAACCACUAGGAUACACACCCUUGCAACGGAUGAAUGAUAGCCUAAAAGUACAACUAACUGCUCGAAAAUCAAUCAAUCAGCAACUGGAAACUAAGGGAGGACCAGGUGAAGCUGGUAUAUUUCUAAAUAUGGGCGAUUUAAUGGAAUCAUUCUUCAUGGAUUUACAAUACGAUGGUAUAUACCGUUCUUGGCCGUUUCUUACCACAAGACUUGUGAUUGACAAGACUACACUUCCAUUAGCAGAGUCUGCAAUCGGUCAUUUAGUGGCUUUGGAGGAGCGUAUCGAGAAAAUUGCAGAAAAUUUCAAAUAUCGAAGUAGCCAAUUCACACCACCCGCACAGAUGAGUUUUGUGCGCAAACUUCCAGAUUCUCCCCAAAUAAAGAUGUUACUCCAUUAG